AUGAAAAUCUGCCUCCUUGCUUCCGCAGCCGAUUCUCGCCGCACCAUUUUCGUUCAGAGGUCUAUUGCCCGAGGGAACGGCAGCCAAUACAGUUAUCAAGGAGAUGCUGAAGUGAUUGAGUGUAUAUUUGCAAAAGCCUGUACAGUAUAUGUGCAUGGGUGCGGACUCUGCAGAACUGGUUUCAAAAAGUCUAUAGAGGUUACGGGUGAUACGGUGAUGUUGACAGAUUUACCAGUGACAUUCUGUCAGUUACGAAAACUUAAGUGGCUUGACCUAAAGGGCAACAAUCUCAACCCGGCUUUGAGGAAAGUUGCUGGAGAUUGCCUCAACAAGAAAGAGUGUGAAGUGGCUGCUCGCAACGUUAUAGCACAUCUCAAACAAAGACAGAUACAGAUGGAAAACGAAAGACUUCAGAGGCUUAAAAGAGAAGAAGAGAUGGAGGCUGCACGGCUCCGAGCAGAAGAAGAAAAGCAGGCCAAAAAGCGAGCAGAGAGAAAAGCAGCGAAAGAGAAAAAGAAAGCAGAACAAGUUCCACCCAGUAAGGUCAAGUCAGAAGCCAAUGGAAGAGCACCUGUACCUCUGAAGGUUGUAGCUCCAAAAGCCUCAAACAAAAAAGAGAAAAAGAAGUCCAAACAAGCUACAAGAUCAUCCUGCCUUGGCUGGCUAAACCUGCUGCUUAUGGUAUGCCUAACGGGUACUCUUUCUUGGGGUGUAUAUCUUUACACUGAUGGAGAUUUCUCACAGAAAGGUCUCAAUGCUGCUUUCACAAAACUGUUGGAAAACUCCCAUAAACUGGUUCAUCUCACUUCUGAAGCUUUCCAGCCUGAAAAUUUAAAAAUGACAGCUCAGACAGUUAGCAAGAAUAUUGCAGAUAGUAGUUUAGCUACCUGGGCUGCACUUGAAGAAUAUACAGGAGACCUCAGUGUGUACACGACCCCAGUCAUUAACACAACAACACAAGGACUGAAUUGGCUGAGAGGAAAGUCAGUUCUGUGUUAUGACUGGAUCUGCAACAACAUUGAUUGGACAUAUAUUGUGGAAACCAUAAGAUCUGCACUAAAUUUCUUGCAUGGACAGUGGCUAGUUGUUUGUGAUGAAUUGAGUAAAAAUAAAGCUUUUAUGUCCGGUAUUGAAACCAUUAGGGCACAUGCUACUAGUGUGUUAGAAUUUCUUACCAUUUUGUGGAGUUCUUUGUGUAAGCAGCUAGGCAUUGUUGUAGAAUAUAUACAAGAAGAAGGUCCAGGCAUAUUGGCAACAGUGAAAGAGCAGGCAGCUGGAGCCUUACAUGCUGCCAAACAAUCACUGGAAGGUCUGGUAAAGUAGAUGUAAUUAUAAACAAUCUUUUAUGCAGUGUGAAUUAAUGUAUUUCCUUGAAAAAAAGUAAUUAGGUAUGGUGGAUAUUGUGUUUUCCUCAUUAAUUAAUGAAGAAUAUAUUGUUUCCACUUCAGUCUUGUCUUAAUGUGUAAUUAUUGUUCUUUUAUUGUAUAUUUUAUUAAUUUUUAUUAUUUUUGAUUUUUCAUUUGAUUUAGUUCUUUGGGUGCUAUGCUUUUGAUGAUAUGUGAUCAUCAUCCAGUUUCAUAUCCUGAGCUGCAAUUAAUCAGGAUUAUGGUGCCAGUUCUUGAGAUUGAUGACCAAGUAUAUUAAUAAUAUGAAACUGGUUAGCUUGAUUGCUUUAUACUAUAUUGUGUUAAAGUACUCAUACAUUAUUAAAAGAUCUCAGACUUCAAGAAUUUAUAAUAUGGUUGGGUAUAUGCUCUAUGCCAAAUUUUCUUAUUGUUACAUUGUACAGAAGUAUCUGUAUAUAGUGCAAGACUAUUAUAUACACAUUGUUCUGCUAUGCAAAUUUAGCAAAUGCAGGGAUUGUUUAUUUCAUUACAUGGGUUUGGCUGUUAAAGAAUUAUAUAUUUUGAUGAAUUAAAAUAUUGAGGUGUAUUCAUCAAUAGAUAUGAAAAAAAGGAAUAAUUGUAUAGGAGGUUACUCUGCUGUCAAGGGAAGGUUGAUCUCUUGGUUGUAUUUUGAAAUAAUUCUAGAUAUAUUUUGGAAAAUAUUAUUACCUGGAACAGGGGUUCUGAGAGUUCAGCUUUGUGUAGUACCUGUUUUACAUCAUUAAACACCCUUUUCAGUAA